AAUCAACCACGUUCCGAUUUAUCGUUAUCAUUUUAUCCAUGUGAUGUGGUUUAUUUUUUCACUUCAAGGAAACUCAGAAGUUCGCGGGAUUAUGGGAUUAUUACUAGUAUUUUAUAAACCCUUUCCGGAUUAAAUUUCUGGCCUCUAAGUAAGUUUUAGUAGCAUAUAAAUAAACAACCUGUGAGCUGUGAGAGCGAACUCCAUGAUGUCUGAAGCAGUGAUGACAAUACGUUUUGCCAGUGUAGUGAGCUAGCCUCUACAAUCAUGAUAUUUGGUUGUCUGGUGGUUCUUGUCGUUGUCUUGUAUUUCUGGUGGAAGAAAACGACGAGGGAUGCCUCCCUACCCCCGGGGCCCACCACCGUCCCGUUCCUGGGGAAUCUUCUCAGUGUGAAUCCGGAGACGAUGCUGGAUAAGUUCCAGGAAUAUAGGAAGAAAUACGGGGACGUAUUUAGCCUUGUCACGGGAUCCAAGACGAUUGUUGUUGUCAGUGGAUAUGAUACACUGAGAGAAAUAUUCAUAAAACAUGGAGAUGUGUCAUCUGCAAGGCCUGAUAUUUUCAUCACAAGAGAAGUUGGAAAAUUCAAAGGAAUUGCCAAUGCCUCAGGAGCGCUGUGGAAAGAACACAGAACUUUUACCCUGAACGCUCUGAGGGAAUUUGGGUUUGGAAAACGUAGCUUUGAGUCCAGGAUAAUAGAGGAAUUAGAAGCGUUCGUUGAAGAAAUUCGUUCAAAGAAAGGACAAUCAUUCAACGUGCACAACUUGCUUAAUGUCUGUAUCUCCAACAUCAUGUGCUCCAUUAACUUUGGUAAACGAUAUGAUCACGGCGACCUGGAUUUUUGUAGACUCUUGGAUUCGGUGAAUCAGAAUCUAACAAACGAGAACGUCAUGUUAGUAGCCACCGUGCUGCCCUUUGUAAGGUAUAUUCCUGGAGAUCCGUGUCGAAUCAAAAACUUGCUGGCAAACAUAGAAAUUGCGGAGAGCCAUUUCAGACAGCUCGUAAAGGAGCACGAACAAACGUUUGAUGAAAACGACCUCAGAGAUUUCAUUGACGUCUUUUUAAAGAGGAUGAAAUCUGAGCAGAAAAAUCCUAAUACAACAUUUGACGAGGAUCAACUCGUGAAGAUAAUAAAUGAACUCUUUGUUGCUGGAACUGAAACAACCGCUACCGCCCUUCGAUGGUUUUGUUUGUUCAUGAUCCGAUAUCCGAAAGUACAAGAGAAGAUGCGCAAAGAAGUCUAUGACGUCAUUGGUACUUCCCGUUUUCCGAGAUUGGAAGAUAAACCUAGACUUCCAUACUGCGAGGCGGUCAUACACGAAACACUCCGAGUGGGAGCCAUUGGUCCAUUCUCUAUUCCUCACGGAUUAUCCAGGGAUCUCCAUUACAAUGGGUUUAUAAUUCCAAAAGAUGCUCUUCUCAUUCAAAACUUGUACUCCUCCUUUUUUGAUGAAAAAAUCUUCCCAGAUCCACAUGCUUUUAAACCUGACAGAUUUUUAGAUGAAAAAGGAAGCCUUCAAAACACCGAAAAAGUUUUGGUAUUUUCUCUUGGUCGUCGAACGUGUCCCGGAGAGGUACUAGCAAGGAUGGAACUCUUUUUGUUUGUGACGUUGAUAAUCCAAAGAUUCAAAUUAGAGCCAGCGGACAUAAACAAUGUACCACCGGAAAAGGGUGUGAUGGGAGUUACCCAUGCCCCGCUUGACUUUUUGAUGAAAGCAAUCGAAAUAAUAUCGACGCCGCUUCCACAAAGUGAGGAUUCCUUCACAGAGGUUUCGUGUAGUAGGAUUAUGUAAUUUUUUCCUAUUACACAUAUUCACACCUACCGGUCUAAACACUGUGAUUUUUUAAAAAUAAAAAUCAUAUUUUAUCAAUAAAAUGAUUUACAAUUUGC